AUGGAAGCCUUGAAGUCUGAGAAUAGAAAGCGGGUGCUGCCCACAUGGAUGACAGCCCAGGUGUCUGAAAAGAGGGCGGCGCAGGUGAAGACCCCCAAGUGGAGACCAGCCACGGUGCCAGCGGCUGCAGCCAGAUUUCCUGCCGUGAGGACCGUGUACUGCAUGAAUGAAGCCGAAAUUGUCGACGUUGCCCUGGGGAUCCUUGUUGAGGACCGAAAACAGGAAAAGCCGUUGGAGCUGCCACCUCUGGCAGGCGCUGAUAAGCCAGAGCGCUCACCGGCCAGCCCAGCGCCACCAUCCCCAAGUCCCCCCUGGAGCGGAAGUGAGGACAGUGAGGAAGAGGACCGUGGGGCCAACAGGCCUGCCUCAGGGCCCGCAGGUUCUGACGCGGCCUGCAGCAGAAGCCUCGAGGAAGACCAGGACGAGCUAAAAUACGUCAGGGAGAUCUUUUUCAGCUAA